AACCAGAAGUAAGAAUCACAUUCGUUCGUAAUUAUCAACUGAAAGAAUAUUUUGGUUGUGUUUGAGGAGUAUUUGAUAAAAAUUUGCAUUUGAAAGUUGUACUAUAAAGAACGAAAACUUUUUAUACCGUAUUAGAAUUCAAUAUCGUCGAUCUUAGUAUCUGUCAAAAUAGGUUAAAUAAUAACAAAGUUUGUGCUUCAUUGAAGACAUUUAGUGACCCGCAAAUUAAUUGAUUAAUAUUUCUUUUAAACAUUGUAACUAUAUAUUUCUAUUAAGAAUGCAUUGUAUAAAAGACAUUAGUGAUUUUGAAGCCUUACUUAAAUAUCCUUUCGAACCCAAGAAAAUAAUUUAUUCCAUAAAGAGUGGCUAUUUUCACGAAGGGAAUAAAUAUUGCAAAGUUGGAGAGAAGCAACUUUCGAUUGAUAUUGAUGAUGAGAGUCUACUUCAUAGAUCGUUCCAAGAAUUUCCUUGUGGUAAAGAUAGUUGUCGUGCUGUAUUUUCCUCUAUUCAUGAUUAUGAAAUUCAUUACAACAGUGUACAUCACAUUGUGUGUAUGGAAUGUAAACGGAAUUUUCCAUCGUAUAAUUUGCUUGACGCACACAUAAUUGAAAAACAUGAUUCUUAUCACGAAGCUGCUGCAUGCAAAAGUGUUGCUCUGUAUGACUGUUUUGUUGAGGGUUGUGACCACAAAUUUUCUUCAAUUGAAAUGCGCAAUGAACAUAUAAUUGGAGUGCACAAAUACCCACCCGAUUUUAAAUUCCAAUCCUUGAAGAACUCAAAAAGGAAUUUCGAAGCUAUGGACGUGUCUCAAAGUGAUGAACUUGGAACUUCUACUAAUACAAAAGCUAAGGCUUCUGGGUCAAAGAAAGUGCCUCAUUUCAUAUGUUUUGGACAGGGUUCUCAAAGAGCUUUUAAUAAAAAGAACAAAAAACCUUACGUACGUGAUAUUUCUAUGAAAGAAUUAGGAGAUGCCUUAUAGAAUAAAUUGAAAUGUUAACUGUUUUCUUAAAUAAAUUUCUGAUAUAUAAUUUAUUUCUAAUUGUUGUAUUGUAUCAUGCUGCGUAGCGUUUUUUAAAUGUGCUUAUCUUUGAUUUACGUUUUUUAAAAGUCCUUAAAGGUUCUUUUUUUUAUUCAGGAUUUGUAAAAAGUGCUUAAUUUUCUAUCUUUUUGAAAAAAGAUUUUUUGUCGUUCUAAUAUCUAUCUAAUAUAAUAUCUAUCGUUUCCCUACAAUAUCUAUCAGAAACUAUUUAUUCUAUCGUGAUUAUGUAAAGUUUUUGGAAACGUUUUGGAAUUUUAUUUAUACUAUGUUUAUAAAUUAAGAACUUUAAAUGGUGA